CACAGGCUCACAAGCGUACGCUUUGCUGCACAAGGACUGGGUUGCCUUGUAGUCAGAGUUCUCCACUCUGUCGGUCAUGUCAUCGGGGCUGGAUCCGGAGAGUGGCAAAUGCCCACACCUCUCUGCGAUUUUCGACGAUGAUUCCGAGAGUGCGGCACUUCUCAGCAGAUACAAUGCGGUGGUUAAAUGGCAUGCUCAUUGCGCACACGAAUUUGCAUAUCCCGCCAAGCGUCGCAAGAUUGCCCCGCCGGAAUGCGGUGUUUGCCAGCUUCCACUUUCAAGGCCAUAUGCAUGCCUACACUGCUCAAUGGCGUGCUGCUGGCAGGAUAAACAUAUCCAGAGACACCUCCAGGAUUCUGGACACGAUCUUUGUGUUGAUGUCAAAACAGGCUAUGUAUUCUGUAUUGAAUGUGACGACUUCGUAUAUGACAGCACACUGGUCCGCGCCUACUCUUCAUUGAAUCUCAGGAUACAAGAGACCGCCACUAGAUUUGAAGACAAAUCUAAAAAGGGAAGAGAACCAUUCGUCGCCUGGGUACCAAGUACACAAGAAGUUGCUGCGCUCGAAAGCACCCUGCCUGCUCCAUGUCAAGGCCGCCGAGGUCUCCUCAACUUAGGACAGACUUGCUUCAUGAACGUAAUAUUGCAGUCUUUCAUCGCGAACCCGUUGCUGCGCAAUUAUUACCUCAGCGAUAAGCACAACAGCAAGCUCUGUAAGGUCAAAGACUGCACGUCCUGUGAAAUGGACAAGCUAUAUUCGGAGAUAUACUCCGAGAAUUCCACGCCCUAUGGCCCUAUCGACCUCCUUGCGAAGAUGUGGAGGGUAUCAUCCGAGCUGUCAGGUUAUGCACAACAGGAUGCCCACGAGUUCUUCAUCACCGCUCUCAAUCAAAUCCAUGCCACGUCGAGAGGCUCGACAUCGCUGCAGUGCAUCUGCAUUAUUCACUCGACCUUCGCGGGCCUCUUGCAGAGCGACGUCAAAUGCGAGCGUUGCGGGAAGGUUGCGGACAAAACCGAUCCGAUGCUUGAUAUAAGUCUAGAACUCAAGGGCGAAACCGGGAACGAGCAGACCUUGACACUAGCGUCGUGUCUUCGCAGGUUCACCCAUCCGGAAAAACUCGGCCCUAACGAGUAUAGCUGUGAGAAGUGCGGCAAGGCCUCUCAUGCAAGCAAACGUUUGAGCAUCCGGAAGCUGCCUCCCGUUCUCAGCUUCCAAUUCAAGCGCUUUGAGCACAAAUCUGUCGACAAGUCGGCGGCUCGCAAGAUCGAGGCCCCCGUCCGCUUCCCAGCCUCGCUAAACAUGGCGCCAUAUACGACCUUGGUCAUGCACAAGCAGGAGCAGCUCAAGGAGUCCAGCGCACCCGCCUCCCUUAUCCCGGACAGGAACCUCGGUCCCGCAUCGCUAUACGAAUACGACCUCUUCGCGGUGGUCUGUCACGAGGGCCAGAUCGACAACGGGCACUAUACGUGUUUUGCGCGUUCGCACGACGAGUGGUACCGAUACGAUGACGACAAGGUGACGCACUCGACGCUCGGUGCUUGCCUCAACUCUCAGGCGUACAUGUGCUUUUACGUCAAGAGGCAUCUCGACUACAAACCUUACGUGACGCCGUCGUACGUCGUCACUCGCGAGCAAGAGGCCGUUAAGGAGAAGGAGAGGGAACGAGAGAAAGAAGCCGCUCGCAUGAGAGAGGUCGAGGAUGCGCUUUUGGCCGCGAUAUGACUGUGCACGCGAUCUUGGUUUGGGUCUGACUGGGGGUUUACGUUGUUGUACGAUAAUUGUCUGGAGAAGAGUAUACGAAAGUAUGGAGUUCGGUGAUGUAUACUGCGUGCAGAAACGCGGUAAAGGUGAGUGAGUCGUGAGUACCUAAGGUACACAAGGGACGAGGUAUACGAGAGAGCAGUGAAUGAGAGGUGUCAAACGUCUAGCACUAUAAUACAUAGCGAACGGAAGACGAUGGAGCAAAGUACAGAACGAACUGGGAUGAUGGCUCGUCAAUGGGUGCCAUUCAGGGAAUGAUGUCGUUCAACUCUCCCUCCCGAACCCGAAUCUCAACCACUUCAACCUCGUAGUCCAUCAUGGACGAGUUCGUCGAAGACACGGAAGACGACACGAAGCCACGGGAAUUUGAGGGAGAGGUUGACGCGACAUCUGGAUGGCACAACACAGACGGCAAGAUCAUGCAUUCAUGUGAGCUCACGAGGAUCGGGGACAAGGAAAAGGAACGAACAUCUGUCUUUGAUGUACGGCGGGACGAACAGGUCCUGAUUCCACACAAAGCCCUGGCUCUUCUGAAUAGUCAAAAUGGGCCGGAGAGUGAACACUGGCUGCUGGCGGUGCUUCUUUCUAUGCUCUCGCUUGGGACUCUCAAAGUGCUCAACUGCACGCUGCUUGCCCUUGACGUCCUUCUUCAUCUCGGCAACCUUUUCCGAGGAGAUAGCGUCGUCGCCCUCAUCGAUCUCCAAGUCGCCGUCGAUCUGGGUGGAUCGCGCGUCGCCGGUAGAGACGGGCCGCUCGGGGUCGGAACGGGCGUGUUCAUAGUCUUCUUCGUCCUCGGAGCACGAGUCAUUGUCAGACGCACUGUCGCUGUAGUCAUCCCCAUACGGGAUCUGCUCGUAGCAUGCCCAUGUCGGGGGCGACGGCGCACGCCCGAUGGGGCGGCGACGGAAGAAGUCAGGGUAGGCGGAGUCGGUGCUCAUGAGUGUCAAGUACGGGUGCCGGAUGCGUGCGCUUGAUGUCGAGAGACGAUACUAGGUUGUCGGGGCUAUAUAGGCGAGCGAUGGGGCGAU